AUGCCAAGCCCUCAGUACGCCAAGCCCUCAGUACGCCAAGCCCUCAGUACGACAAGCCCUCAGUACGACAAGCCCUCAGUACGACAAGCCCUCAGUACGCCAAGCCCUCAGUACGACAAGCCCUCAGUACGACAAGCCCUCAGUACGCCAAGCCCUCAGUACGACAAGCCCUCAGUACGCCAAGCCCUCAGUACGACAAGCCCUCAGUACGCCAAGCCCUCAGUACGCCAAGCCCUCAGUACGACAAGCCCUCAGUACGCCAAGCCCUCAGUACGACAAGCCCUCAGUACGCCAAGCCCUCAGUACGACAAGCCCUCAGUACGACAAGCCCUCAGUACGCCAAGCCCUCAGUACGACAAGCCCUCAGUACGCCAAGCCCUCAGUACGACAAGCCCUCAGUACGCCAAGCCCUCAGUACGCCAAGCCCUCAGUACGCCAAGCCCUCAGUACGACAAGCCCUCAGUACGCCAAGCCCUCAGUACGCCAAGCCCUCAGUACGACAAGCCCUCAGUACGCCAAGCCCUCAGUACGCCAAGCCCUCAGUACGCAAAGCCCUCAGUACGACAAGCCCUCAGUACGCCAAGCCCUCAGUACGACAAGCCCUCAGUACGCCAAGCCCUCAGUACGACAAGCCCUCAGUACGACAAGCCCUCAGUACGCCAAGCCCUCAGUACGACAAGCCCUCAGUACGACAAGCCCUCAGUACGACAAGCCCUCAGUAUGCCAAGCCCUCAGUACGACAAGCCCUCAGUACGACAAGCCCUCAGUACGCCAAGCCCUCAGUACGCCAAGCCCUCAGUACGACAAGCCCUCAGUACGCCAAGCCCUCAGUACGCCAAGCCCUCAGUACGACAAGCCCUCAGUACGACAAGCCCUCAGUACGACAAGCCCUCAGUACGACAAGCCCUCAGUACGCCAAGCCCUCAGUACGACAAGCCCUCAGUACGACAAGCCCUCAGUACGACAAGCCCUCAGUACGACAAGCCCUCAGUACGACAAGCCCUCAGUACGACAAGCCCUCAGUACGACAAGCCCUCAGUACGACAAGCCCUCAGUACGACAAGCCCUCAGUACGACAAGCCCUCAGUACGACAAGCCCUCAGUACGCCAAGCCCUCAGUACGACAAGCCCUCAGUACGCCAAGCCCUCAGUACGACAAGCCCUCAGUACGCCAAGCCCUCAGUACGCCAAGCCCUCAGUACGCCAAGCCCUCAGUACGCCAAGCCCUCAGUACGACAAGCCCUCAGUACGCCAAGCCCUCAGUACGACAAGCCCUCAGUACGCCAAGCCCUCAGUACGCCAAGCCCUCAGUACGACAAGCCCUCAGUACGACAAGCCCUCAGUACGCCAAGCCCUCCGUACGCCAAGCCCUUAGUACGACAAGCCCUCAGUACGCCAAGCCCUCAGUACGCCAAGCCCUCAGUACGACAAGCCCUCAGUACGCCAAGCCCUCAGUACGCCAAGCCCCUCAGUACGACAAGCCCUCAGUACGACAAGCCCCUCAGUACGACAAGCCCUCAGUACGACAAGCCCUCAGUACGCCAAGCCCUCAGUACGGACAAGCCCUAG